UACUUCUUGGCCAGGUAAACCAGUAGACUGGUGGUCUAUGGGCAUUAUCCUCUAUGAAUUUUUGAUUGGAUGUGUUCCUUUCUUUGGUGAAACCCCUGAGAAAUUAUUUGCGCAUGUGAUCAAUGAUGAAGUGGAGUGGCCAGAUGAUGAAGACUGGACUGUUCCCGAGGAUGCUAAAUAUCUUAUCACCCAACUUCUCUGUCAACAUCCCAUUGAUCGUCUUGGAACUGGAGGAGCUCAUGAAGUCAAAGAACAUCCUUUCUUCAUUGGCAUGGAUUGGGAGUCUCUACUUCGUCAGAAAGCCGAGUUUGUACCACAACUAGAUCAUGAAGAAGAUACCAGCUAUUUUGAUACACGAGCUGACAGAUACAACCACGAUAUGGAAGAGUCGGAGGAGAUGGAUGAUACUGAUGAUAGUUCACUCUUCAGCAGCUUCUCUUCCUGUUCUCCUCAGUACAGGAGAGUGUACUCAUGCAUGGAGAAGGAGUCGGAUGAAGAGAGUUUAUUAAGACUUGCCAAAAAAGAAAGCACUCGCAAGACUGGAAGUAACACUGACCUGAACCAGUUAGAAAGUACCGAAACAGGAAGUUCCUCAGAGGGGUCUGGAGAAACUGGAAGUAGAAAAUCUUCCUCGACACCUGACUUAAAUACCACUCGGGUUUCACCACGACGAUUACCAGCUCAUAAACAAAAAGAACAAAAAAGUGUCCCCACACAGAAAGGGGAAAGAAAGGAUGAAAGAAAACAAGUGGCUCACAUGAUAGGGAAGGAUGCAUCAAGUACCACGGCUCCUUCUCGUCGCUACAAAGUACAGUCACCAAGUGGUGAGACCCACGUAUCCCAGGAUUUGGUGAAACUGAGGAAACACAUUUCCCCGCUUCCUGUAUCACCACGAAUUCCAAUUCCACCACCCUCAGACUUGUCAGCUGAAACUCUACAAAGAGAACGCUGGGUUACAAAAUCGGCUUCUGCUUCUGGUUUGUCACUGAUGAUAUCUAAAGAUGAUAAUGUGUCACAGCCUGUAGUCUGUUCUCCUGGAGGUUCCAGCACAAGCUCACGAGAUACUUCACCCAAUAGAGAGACUAGUCCUUUAGUUCCUCAACUAAAGCCUCCAAUCAUCAUCCGUAGGGGGCCUCAUGGUUUCGGUUUCACGGCACGAGCAAUUCGAGUGUACUUCGGAGACUCGGAUGUUUACACCCUUCAACAUUUGGUAUCGGCUGUGGGUAAUGAUGGACCAGCCUUCGAGUCAGGAGUGAGACCUGGUGAUCUAAUUACCCAUAUUAAUGGGGAACCUGUUCAAGGUCUAGUCCAUCAUCAGGUGCUACAGCUGAUUCUUUCUGGUGGUGACCACAUCACUAUUCGCACAACCCCCCUGGAGAGUACCACCAUAAAAACUGGAGGUCGCAAGAGACAUCCUUCUUCCAUAAAGAUGGUUCGUCGGCCAAUCGUACGAAAGCGUUAUGGCCAAGGAAAGAGAGAUGUACAAUCCGAUCGCAAGAGGAGAGCCACUCUCUUUAGGAGAUUAAGUAGCAAACGAGCUAGUGCUGACUUACAACAUUUAGUUUCAAGAUCACCCCCUAUGUUAACCACUAGCCACAGUUUGCAGUCCUUGAGCAGAGGGGGCGAGGCUGUUUCUGGAUCCCCUACCCUCAAGGGCCCACGAUCUCCACCAGCAAAUAGGUUGUGUUCGACCUCUGAGUCUUCCCACUCAGCUGGAAAUUCCUCUGGAAGCAGUUCUCCCAGUUCUAGUGUUCCAGGUUCUCCGGCAGGAACUGCUCAGUUUCAGCGGCCAAGCUCUCUUCAUGGUCUUAAACACAAGUUGACUCAGACUUUUCGUUCUCCUCGCCGGAAGUCAGUGGGGCAUGUACCCCUUUCACCACUAGUUCGAACUCCUUCCCCCUCCUCUUUACACUCACCUUCACCUAUACGUUCACCUUCUCCUCUAGCCUUUCCUUUGGCUCACCACACUGCAACCACAUCACAUAAAGGUCCAUCUGGAAGCACAUUAACUCCUUCUAGCUCAGUUAAAAAGAUUUUCAUGAGGCCAAAGAGUGCAGAGCCUGGUUCUCCUCUUCUAAGACGUGCCCUCUCUCCAGAUCGACUACAUUCCAAAUCUACUGAAGCCAAGAUGAAACAAGGGAAACUAAAGUGGGAGUCAUCUGGGGGACACACUUCUUCACCUCUCGCACUUUCUUCUACACCUCCCAUGAGCUCUUACCAUCACUACUCCCCACCAGUCUCUUCUUUUGUUUCAAAACUCACUGUGCCUCAUUCUUAUGUUUCACCCAAAGACUCUGUGCUAAUGAAUAGUAGAUUUCAAACAUCUGCAGCAAGAGAAACAGUGAGUGGUCUCGACACUUCUACUGGUCUGCAGCAGGAAGAAUACCACAUAGGUGCAGAUCCUGAUAAGCAUGGACGAUCCACUGCUGCCCAUGAUGGUACUCAGCAACUUUGUGGCUCUAGUUUUAAGCUCAAAACUGUAGAUGAAACAAGUGUAGACAGUCAUAAGACUGAAGGACAACUUUCAACAUCUCAACUGAUUAAAUUAUUGUCAGUUGGUGACUCAGGAGAUAGGAGGUCAGGGAAUAGAGAUCAAAUUCUUCCUGUACUAAUUGAAGAUACCACUUUGCCGCCCGAUGUUGUUCACCAAAGUAAGGAGGAUGAAGAAUUGAAGCUGCCACCCGUUUGUGACAUAUCUUCACCCAAAACCUUGUGCGAUAUUGUUCAGAAACCACCAGUUCUUUCUGUUCCAACCAUUACUCCAGAAUCUAAGAGAUCAGGAAAGAACAAUUCUGAAGAUAUAAAUUUGCAGACCAACCUUUUGAGCGGUAUUCAAAAUUUAUCAGUUCAUUCGAUAGAAAAAGGUGCCACCUCAAAAACUAAAUCGACCGAUACCAAGGAAGGCCGCUCAAAAGUGUUAGGUGAAAAGUAAAUGUUAUUUAAAAAUGAAACUAUUAAAUUAUUUAUAACUUA